CUUUUGUUUCACAAUCACACUUUGAUGUUCCACAUUGUCGAUCCCCAAAUCACACCAUCAUUCAUAUUGAUUUCCACGUCGUUGUGUUAGUCAUUGACUAAUGUUCCGUUUAUACUUAAGUGGAAAAGAAAUAAAUAUCGACGUUAUCGCUAUCCUAAAGUGCUUAUUGUAUUCUUUAGAAUUUAUAUGGGCCAUCGUGGUAUUUGCAGUGAGCUCUUCUAAAGCCAAGUCUCCGCCUGGUACUUGUCAGUUUGGACCAGUAUCAGUUUGUAACUUUGGUAUAGCUUGGGGUGUGAUAGGAUGGCUUCUUACCAUACUAAUUAUUGUGUUGGUCGUCCUGCAUGUAUUGAAAGAUACCUCCUUUAGUCCAUUGAAAGAAUGUAUCGCGAAUGGUGUCAUGGGGGUGUGGUGGUUUAUUGCUGCCGUUGUUUUUUCUGCCAAAGAGCACGAUCACGUGAGCGAAGCGACAAAUACUAUCACGGCAUUUGCUUGGAUGUUGACUAUAUUUGCUGCUUGUAGUUCAGCGCUUGCCUUAUAUCAGUCUCAAAGAGAGAAAGAAGAAGAUUUUGGCCUUUCCGCUCCACCACCGCCUACAUAUACGGAACAAACAAAGAUAUAGCAAAUAGAUAUGGCUUAAUUGUUGGAAUUAUUCGAGACAGUGAUUUAUCCUACAAAGUAAAGGAAUAUGCAUAAGUUGAUUCUCUUUUUUUUGAAUCAUAGAAGAGAGCUUCGAGUAGUUACUGCGAUUUCAUUUGAUUAG